AUGGAACCCGCACUCCCACUCCCGUUGCGUCUGGACCUCUCGUUCGCACCAGCCGAGCCCAUCGAGCACACCACUGUGUCCGAUUCCAUUUCGCUCUUCCUCUCGUCGUACGCUGCUCGCACAGGAACGUCGAAUGCUGCCUCUGAAGACCCUGUGGCGGGAACGGGGACGGGGGCGAGUACGGGUGGUAUAGUGGCCGCGCAGCUGACAAGACUCAUGAACGGCCUCAGCGGCAAGAUCGACUACGACGCGUUUACCACUCUGAUUUCGAACCUUGGGCGGCCUGCCGGCGCAGGAGCAGCAGCGGACGAGGCGGUGGAGGAUGCGGAAAUGGAGAUGGAGGUGCAAUCGGAAGCGGAAGAAGCCACGCCUGCCCAGGUGCUCGAGACCGAGAGCAAGCAGGAAGUCGGUGAUGGCGAGGGCACUCAAAGCUUCUCCAAGUCGCACGAAUUGCAGGAGGGCGCUACGCCUACGUUGGACUCCAGCUUGCUGACCCACUCCCCGCUCGACGACCAAGGCGCUAGUCCCAGCAAGAAGAGCAAGAAAGACAAGAAGGACAAAAAGGACAAAAAGGACAAGAAGGAUAAAAAGGCGUCGAAGCCAGACAAGUAG